UUCACGUCCUUGGUCAUCAUGCUGUUAUAUCCGAGCGAGUCCGACUUCCCCUACGAGGAGGAGGUGCUACGCGAGCCCCUCAAGCUGCAGGCAUGGCGGCGCUACCUCGCCGCCCUCGCCGGCGCCCCGCCCCAGAAGCGCUUCUCAAUCUACGAGCGCGCCCUUAGAGCGCUGCCGGGAUCGUACAAAUUAUGGCGCGGCUACCUCGCCGAGCUUCUAGACGCCGCGCGGCCCCUCCCCAUCUCCGACCCCUCCUACGCCGCGCUCAACGGCGCCUUCGAGCGCGCCCUCGCCACGAUGCACCGGAUGCCCCGCAUCUGGCAAAUGUACCUCGCCUCCCUCACCGCGCAGCGCCGCGUCACCCGCGCGCGCCGCACCUUCGACCGCGCCCUCCGCUCCCUCCCCGUCUCCCAGCACGCCCGCCUCUGGCCCCUCUACCUCCGCCUCGUCUCCCUCCCCGGCGUCCCCCUCGAGACCGCCGUCCGCGUCCACUGCCGCUACCUCGUCUUCGACCCCUCCCACCUCGAGGAUUUCAUCAAACUGCUCCUCCGCUCCUCCCGCUGGCAGGAGGCCGUAACUCGCCUCGCCGCCGCCCUCAACGACGACGACAAGCCCUUCUGCUCCGUCAAGGGCAAGACCCGCCGCCAGCUCUGGCUCGACCUCUGCGACAUUGUCGCCAGCCAUGCCGCCGAAAUCUCAACUACAGGCCUGAACGUCGAAGCCGUCAUCCGCAACGGCAUCCGCCAAUUCCCCGAUGAGAAAGGCCUGCUCUGGACCUCCCUCGCCGACUACUACGCCCGCAGAGGACUCUUCGCGAAGGCGCGGGACGUCUUCGAGGACGGCCUCAAUGCUGUUUCGACCGCCCGAGAUUUCGGCCUCAUCUUUGAGGCGUAUGCGCAGUUCGAGCAGCUGUUGCUCGCCGCCAAGCUCGAUGCCUCUGAUGGUGAGGUGGACAACGGCAACCUAAAUGACGGCGAGUUCUGGUUAAAAGGUGGCGACGACACAGAUUUUCUGAUAGCGAGGAUCGAGCUGCUGUUCGAUCGGAGGCCGAAGCUGCUCAAUUGUGUGCUGCUGCGGCAAAAUCCGCACAAUGUGGAACAGUGGCGCAGGAGGGCGAAGCUUUUUGAUGGUGAACCCUCGACGCAGGUGUCGACGUACGUCCAAGCAUUGAAGACCGUGGAUCCGAUGAAGGCGGUGGGGAAGCCCUACACUCUGUGGGUCGAUUUUGCGCGGAUGUAUGAGAGCCGUAAUCUUCUCGACAGUGCUGAAGAGGUCUUCGAAAGGGCUACGCAAGUGAACUUCAAGUCGGUCGACCACCUCGCUACCGUUUGGUGCGAAUGGGCGGAAAUGGAACUACGGCACAAUAAUUUCGAAAAGGCUCUUCAACUUAUGAGGCAAGCCACUGCAGAGCCCUCUGUCGAGGUCAAGAAGAGAGCUGCUGCUGAUGGGAACGAACCUGUUCAGAUGAAGUUGCACAAAUCUUUGAGGGUAUGGAGUGCGUACGUCGAUUUGGAGGAGAGCCUUGGUUCGGUGGAAUCUACUCGUGAUGUCUAUGACAGAAUGCUCGAUUUAAAAAUUGCCACUCCACAAAUAAUACUUAACUAUGCAUCUUUCCUUGAGGAGCACAAAUAUUUUGAAGAUGCAUUUAAGAUCUAUGAAAGAGGGGUGAAAUUAUUCAAGUACCCGCAUGUUAGAGAAAUCUGGGCCAUGUACCUUACAAAGUUUGUCAAAAGAUAUGGAAACACUAAGUUAGAUCGGGCUCGAGAUUUAUUUGAAUGCGCGAUUGAGCAGACACCUUCACAAGAAGUCAAGCCACUUUACUUGCAGUAUGCGAAGAUGGAGGAGGAUUACGGCCUCCUAAGGCGUGCCUUGCAUGUUUAUGAACGCGCCGUGAAGGCUGUUCCUGAUUGCGAAAAAUCGAGCAUAUAUGAAAGCUAUAUUAAUCGGGCUGAAUCUCUUGGCUUCAAAGAAGUUCGAAAGAUAUACGAGCAAGCAAUUGAAGCUGGCCUCCCGGACAGCGACUUGAAAAGCUUGUGCAUGAGACUGGCCGACAGAGAAGCAAGCUUAGGAGAAAUCGCUCGUGCUCGCAGGUUAUACACGUACACAUCAGAAUAUGCAGAUCUGCAAUCCGAUUCCAACUUCUGGAAAAUGUGGAGCGAAUUUGAGAUUAUGCACGGUAACGACGAUACCUUUAGGGAGAUGCUUCGUAUUAAACGCACCGUCUCGCUUCCUGCUCAGACCUUCGAGAGAAUCAAAAGGCAAAGACUGCAGUAGAGCAAUAGAUACAGAUUUGUUAUUAGCAGGCCACAUUCGGCUGGGCCGGAUCUCAAAUUUACAGCAGAUUUUACAACUUCAUUUAGUUGUCAUAAGAUCCUUAAUGUAAGUACAAAAUAAAUUCAUAAUUUCGGCAAAAAAAGUGAGAGUGCAUCGCAUACUGAGAUGCAUUUGUGUUUUUAUAUUCUUCUCUCAAUUUUGUAUUAUUAGACCUCUUGCAAUGUAUAUAUGUUUUUACAGAUUGUCCAA